CUCAAAUGACAUGCAGCUUCCUGCGUCGAUAACUCAACAGAAUCAAAUAUAAAACAUCAGCCUUUCGCACUUUUGAAGAAUCUGCAAAGUCAGCAAGACAUUGUACCAGCAAAUAUGGCGUCUCCCGCGAACAUUGAUAUCAAGAACCUCGUUGGACAAUGGACUAUGAACAAGUCCGAGUCUGAUGCCUUCGAUCCAGUUCUCUCACUCCAGGGUAUCGGCUGGCUCACACGAAAGGCCAUUGGGGUAGCAACCCUGACUCAAUACUUGCACCAAAGCCCUGUCGAUGGUUCAGACGGUGUGCCUACCACGCACAUUAAGAUCGACCAGGUCCUCACCGGUGGCAUCAAGAGUUCGCCCGAAAACCGAACCCUGGACUGGACCUACCGCGAGCACACUGACUUUAUCUUCGGCGUCAUCAAAGGCCGUUCUCGCUACUCCACUCUCCAAAAAUUUCAGCAAGAGUCCACGGAGACAGGUGCGACGGAUGAAGAUAUUAGGUACAUGACUGAGGGGUGGUUGAAGGAAACCCAAGAAGGUGAGAUCAUAGAAAGUUUUAUGUCCAAUGCGGUCAACAAGUGGAUUUCAUGGAACGUUUGGGGCUUCGCUGAAUCUGGCGGAGAGAGGAAGUUAAUAAAGAAGUUUACUGUUAGGAAUAUUGACACGGGUGCGGUUGUGAGGGUGAAAAUGGUUUACGACUACCUUGGUCCAUUAGAGGAGUAAUCCGCACAGAGUAUAGUCUACGAAUUAGCUUGCCUUCAUUGACCUUAUCUGCUGAAUGUUAAAGUUGUCUUUUUCUUCGCCGUGUCUGUAUUUAAAUCUCCAAUCUGGCAGUCAUAUCCCUCAAGUCCACAGCUGUCGCACAGCAUGUAUUGCCCAUAGUCGUGCGACUCUGCACAACGUUAGGAUACAAC